GUUGAACCCUGGGAGAGCCUUGCGACUAUAUCCCAUCCUGCUUUUAUGCAGGUUUCAUAAAAUGGUGUUUAUUAGCCGCUGAACCCCCAAGGCAGAUCGUACGACGGACAUGUACACCUCAACACAUCCUCACAAUGAAGCCAUUAACCAUUCUUAGACUUUCGUUAGCCUCCUUUGCGAUCACAACCGUUGCCAAGCAAGUUGGACAUUUCCAGUCGCCGGACUGUGUUGACCCAUCGGGAUUCGAAUCAUGUUACCAAGAUGCCGACCAGGGCUUUACCAGUUGUGUCAAUAACCAUUGUGCUGGAGGAAGCAGAGGAUGUACGGAAUCGUGCAAUGGAGAUCCUGCAUGCGUGCAAUCGAAGUGUCCCGACUUGGGAAUAGAUUGUAUUAACGCCUGCGAGUGCGUGAAGAACACCGACUACAUAGAUUGUGCCGCAACUAGUUGUUGGAAUCAGGUAUAUUCGUGCGAAUAUCAAAAGACUGUCUACGACUUGCUUAACUCCUGCGUGAACACGGAUUACAAAUCAGUCCCUUUUUUCCCGCCUCCUGAUAAUGCCCCCGGUGGCUGCUCCUGUAAUCUGGGCAGAGUGGCUGAGGUCCAAACGGUGGCAGAAAAUGCCAUGAAUAAGUGUUACGACACUAUGAAGCCGGAUUGGCCGUACGAGCAGACCAUGGCCUAUGGGGCUACAUGUCUGUGUUGCGGCCAAAGUUCUUAUAUCUCGUCGAUAUGGGACAUAUGUCCAAAUACAAUACCCGCCUUGCUGGACGCAGAUGCCGUAUAUAAGGCUUUCGUGGAGAACAGUGACUGGAACAAGUGCGGGACGUAUCUUGAUAACGACACUUGUACAGCGGAUCUGGGCUUUAGCAAUUUGACAGCAUUCCACGGUCCAGGGGAGCUACCCCCGAAUGGAACGGAAACAUUGUACAAUACUGGGGGCGUGAUUUCGACACCAAUCAGCGGAAAUACUUUCACUUGGACAAUCCACGACAUUCCACGCCCUAUCACAGCUGCGGCCACCAACAAGGCUGUACCAACAAGAUCAGAAUCCGGUGGUAAGAGUGCCACAGCCACUGCGGAGUCUGGAGCCGGUCAUGAACCUAGACUUUCGCUGUGGACGCUGGUUGGCACAAUUGGUGCUGGAUAUCUGGUUGUCGGAUAGCCAUCAUCUUUGAGUUAAACGUCCAUUCAGUGUAUCUCCAGAAUAACAUUAUAAUCCCAUCCUACCAAAUCGUUACUAGCCUAUUGAACGAAAGCCCUUGAGUACAAGUCAUGAUACCCAGGCGCUGCAUGUAUUGCCGUGAAUAGAUGUUGAACUUCUAUGCAGUCGCAGGAACAGUCAAGUAACAGCUCUCAGGAUCGCGUCAACAGACUAAGUGCGGAAGUGAGAAAUUACUUAUGCGGGCCACAACCGAAUGCAGGAAUUCCGCCUCAGGCAGCAACUGCGCCAACGAUUUCUUUCUCGGCAUCGGAUUUUCCUUUGUACCGGAAU